AUGGCGCAACUGUCUGGACCACGCCAGGCUCUGGCAGACUUUGCUUACAAUCUGCAUACAAUCUUAUCCACAGUCGGUGCUUCAGGAAGUCCUCUUCUCUCUCCCAAUGUCAUGCUCAGACUGGAUGCCGAGCUCAACCGCAACCCGUUUGGUCUCGUGGUAAUGACAUCGGGCAACGAGGAGCUGGAUACGACUGGCACAUUGCUAUGGAAUGACUGCAUCGAGCUGAUGGCAUUGCAUGGUCAAAAUCCGGAUAAUGUGUUGGUGCUCGGCAAAGUGAGGGCUCUCGCGUUUGCUGUGUUGAACAUGGCUGUGUUGCCUGAUCUCCUAGGGAGUAUCAGGGCUCUUGAUCUGGCCCUCAAGGCGGCCCGUAUUUGCAUUGUGAAUCAGCAACGCGACAUUGCGCUGAAUAUCUUGUCAAUCGCAGCUCUGAGACUGGCAAGUAUUCAGCCUGCUCAUCUUGGCCUUGAUCCUACCAUUAACCGCAACCUCACCACUCGAUACAACUUACUCCGUGCUCGACUGGCCUGGCUGCAGGACCGAGUAGAUAUCGCCGAGCAUUUCUUUAAUAAAAUCUCUCUGCCUGCUUUGUCAGAUGACCAAGAGGCGGUUUUCGAAACUUGUUUUAUCAUUGGCGACUCUGCACUCGCACGGCGCCAGUUUGACAUUGCAGUGACAUGGCUGCAAAGAGCGAACGAUCAAUUGGAAGUUUCAUCCAUUAUGGGUGUGAUGAAGCUUUCAGAUCAAGAUAACUGGAACCUGGUUGUUCGACAUUCCCUCGCUGUGGCUUGUACUCAAACCAAAAGCCCCCAGUCAACCGUAACGUACGAUAUUCAAAUGAGAUUCCUGAGAAAAAAUUACUCAGUGCAUCCUGCUGUGGUCCUUUUUGAUCUCUCUAUGGGACAUAAUAAUCCUGGUAGCCACGGAAUACUCCAAGGUCUGCAGAGGCUGGUCGAGAAGACGACUCUCACAGAUAUGAAUAUGCCAAUAAUUUUCCAAUUUGCCCGUUCUCUUGGAGAUGCAGGUGGUUCAGACAACGGGAUGGAAGCACUUAGAAUAUUGCUCAUGCGCCCUCUACCAUCAAGAGAAUGGAUAGAGAAAUGUUUUGUUGCUUUCACGCUACUUUUGAGCAGAUCGGAAUGCUCUGAUUCCAUUCGCAUUCGCAAUCUUCGGGAUGUGAUCGACGCACUCGAGCAACGUGGAUAUCCAUCAAUCAGCGCCAGCGCAGCUCACGCCACCGUGAUUUGCAUCUGGAAAAUGACUGGCGGUGCUCUUCUCAAGAACGACUACUGGACUGCACAACUCUGGCUUCAGAUGUGCAACGAACCGAAGAUCUUUCAGCACUGCUGCCAAUCUAUCCAGAUCGCUAUACAAAAGAAGCUGUUAGCAUGUUAUCUACAGACUGGAAACCUCGCUGCUGCUCGUCACUUAAUGGAUCGGGGUUUAAUCCAAAGCCAGGUGGACUGCGAACGGCUGUAUUUGUCCUACAAGCUAAGCUUGCUGGAGGGGAGAGACGGCUCCGGGCAUUUUUAUCUCGGCUUUCCUGUGCACCCCGUGCCGCACAAGCAAAUGAGUCUACUAUCGUGCGCCAUGGAGGCUCAGAGACAAAAUAAACCAGAAGAAGUAAUGAACUGUCUUGAUCAAUUUACUAAAUGUUUGAUUGCGGAUGAUAUUUACCAUCACGACUUUCCCGCCGCUGAGCAUUACAUAUUUGCAAUCACUCUUCUUCUCCAAGAGCUUUCCAGAGGCUUCACUCAGAGGCUUGGCAACUGUAUCGAGACUGUACUCCAGAGUGCUCUGUCUUAUGCAAAAGAGAACAGCAUGUUUGAAGGUGGCGACCAGGAAAUCUCAGUCACCCAACUGCAAUGGCUGUAUUUCGCAUCUUACAAACUCGCUUUGAAACUUAUCAAUUCUUCUGGAUUCCUGUGGAGUACUUCUGUCUUGGAUUACUCCAGACAAUUUGCGCUUCAAUAUCGGCGGGUUGCAUACCCCGAGAUGGGUUCCAAGGGACCCAGACAGCAUUUAUUUGCGGUUGUUUACCUCCGUCUUCUUGCGCACUCCCUUAAAGCCCGUUGCGAGAACAAUCUGAAUCACAAGAUAACGCAUUACCUGAAUGUACGCACUUGUUUCAUCGAUUUCGAUCAGCUGCACGGUUGGGAAGACGGAGAAGAGGAGACAGACGAGGCCGCGAACGAGAAAGAAGACAGGCACCAUGACAUUGCGCAAUUUUUUGACCUUGAGGCUGCCAUGUAUCUCAGGCACUGGGGUGAUAUCUUCGACAUCUGUGCAUCGGACGAUGAAUUCCCCAAGCCGGAGUUUUACGCACCGAUCAUAGAUUUGACUUUCCAAUGGAAUCUACCACCCACAGUGGCGAUUCAGAUCGUCAAGCGCAUCAUGUCAAAACUCAGCGAGCUACAAGAUGAUCCCCCUACCACGUUCCAACGCGAUUUCCGGGUUUCCUUGCCCCGAUACCUCCAUUGUCUAUUUUCUCUAGCUGUCGGACCGCCCCGACACAUAAACAUUACUGGAAUUGACAUUCUGGAUGUCAAAAUGGCCGACGCUGAGGUUGCUGAAGAAGUGCUCGAUAGAGUCCUUGCAAUAGUAGACAAAGAGGCCGGCGUUGAAGAGGUUAAACACGAACAGCAGGAUUUGCAUUCCAUUCAGCCCGACUCGACACUGAGGGAUGAGUUUACAUAUCCAGCUGCGGAAUUGAUCAAGAUUGCUACAGUAGCUUUUAAUAAGGCCACUGACUUUUACCGUGCUACACAGGACGAGGACUGUCAGCGUUGGGCGAACAAGGCUAUUCGUAUUGCUCAGCUUGCGCCUGGUCUCCAGGGAAGACAGCUGGUCCGGACGCUUCAGACUAGGGUGGGAAGCUUGGUUUGA